AUGUCUUCUGAUGCAUCAGCAAUAGAACACACCAACGAAGAUCCUCAGAUUCAGAGUCAAAAAAAUACUGAUGGUUUGUUUGAAGACUCAAUUGAUGCAAGUGUGUUAAACCAAGGAGAAAGUGAAUUACAGCCAUCUUCAUCAGCUAUUGGAGAAUCGAUUUCAGAAACGGGAGUUACUGGUAAAAUAAAAAAAUCGUGGACUGAAUCAGUAUCGAAUAAAAAAACAAAAAAAAACGACAAUUUACUUGAUGCAUUGAAAAAAAGAGAUGAAGAAAGGAAUAAGAUUCUUCAAGAACUAAAAAAUAUUGAACAAGACGAUCCUAUUGAUGCUUUUUUCACAAGUAUGGCAUUAACGGUAAAGCAGUUUACUCCAGAAUUAAUAAUUCAAGCUAAAUUUGAUAUUCUUCGUAUUGUAAGUAAUUUAGAAUUAAAGAAUAACAAAUUAAAAGAAAUUAUGCCACCCCCUCAAGUUCCACAGCCGUCUACUUCUUCAAGCUACGAAUUUCCCACAACAGUCAACCCUUACCAAAGCUCCGAAGAAAGUUCGCAUCCAGAGUGGGUAGAUUAUAAUUAUUCUACAUCCAAUUCGUUUGAUAGCCAGCAACAAGAUAGUGAACAACCAGAGGAAUAUUGGAUUCAUUCUCUUAAUAAGUAG